AUGGCUUCCCGACCGACCGUUACCAUCCUGUCGGCAGAUGGCACUGCCAGCGGCGCGACUCACCCUCUGCCAAAGGUCUUCACUGCUCCCAUCCGACCGGAUAUCGUCCAGACCGUCCACACCGGUGUUGCGAAGAACAAGCGUCAACCAUAUGCCGUGAGCGAGAAGGCUGGUCACCAAACCUCUGCUGAGUCCUGGGGUACUGGCCGCGCUGUUGCCCGUAUUCCCCGUGUCUCUGGAGGAGGAACCCACCGUGCUGGCCAGGCUGCUUUCGGUAACAUGUGCAGAUCUGGUCGCAUGUUCGCACCUACCAAGGUCUGGAGAAAGUGGCAUCAGAAGAUCAACCUGGGCCAAAAGCGAUUCGCUACCGUUUCCGCCUUGGCUGCCUCCUCCGUCCCAGCUCUCCUUUUGGCCCGUGGUCACCAAAUCUCGAACGUCCCUGAGGUUCCUCUGGUUAUCAACUCCGAGGUCUUCUCCAGCGCCGGAAUUGCUAAGACAUCCGCCGCUCUCGGCCUCCUGAAGUCCGUUGGAGCAGUCGCCGAUGUCGAGAAGGUCAAGAACUCCCGCAAGCUCCGCGCAGGAAAGGGUAAGCUAAGAGGACGCCGUCACCGCCAAAGACGCGGCCCUCUCGUUGUCUAUGACCCUGAGGUUGACGGCAAGGAGCUCGCCUUCGCUUUCCGCAACAUCGCCGGUGUCGAGACCUGCUCCGUCUUCGCGCUGAACCUCCUGCAACUCGCCCCCGGUGGACACCUUGGCCGAUUCGUCAUCUGGACCUCCGCCGCAUUCAAGGCCCUUGACACCAUCUACGGCUCCACCACCACACCCUCAGCCCUGAAGAAGGACUUCCUUCUCCCAUCAAGCGUCGUUCAACAAGCUGACAUCGGCCGUUUGAUCAACUCUUCUGAAAUCCAGAGCGUGAUCAGAGCCGCCAAGGGCGGAGCCACCACCAAGCGUGCUGGCGUCCAAAAGAAGAACCCACUGCACAACAAGCAAGUCCUCCUGAGACUGAACCCCUAUGCGGCUGCCUACAGCAGCGAGAAGAUCGGCCAGAAGGGAUUGGACUCCGGAAAACCAGUGCGCGCGUCGAAAACCCAGUUCGCGGCUGUUCUGAAGGAGGAUUAG